AUGUCAUCUCUUUUACAUUCGCCACGAGAAUAGUAGUGGCAUCUUGGUUGCUGAUGGGCACUGUCUUCGUCAAUUGCUACACCAGCAGUUUGUUAUCUUAUUUGAUGGCUCCUACGUUCUUACCAUUAAUCAGCACAGUCCAAGAUUUGGCAGACAGCCAUGACAUACAGAUAACAACGCUAAAGCAUUCUUCAGUCGAUUCUGCAUUACUCGCGGCAACAACCGGUUCGUUUGCUAAACUUGGCGCAAGUCUUCGAGCCCAUCCUGAAAAUCUUCUGAGUAUAUUGGAAAAUAUUGAAGACAUAGUAUUUCAUCAACGGAAAGCUUUUUCUUACCAAGAAACUUCGCUGAAGCAAACAAUCUACGAUGACUUUAGGACUCAUAAACAAUGUCGACUUUUCAUUGCUAAAGAACCACUUUUCCCUGAUCAAAUUGCAUUUGCCCUAGCAAAAUCAAGUCCGUUGACAAAAGCCUUUAACUACGAGGUUACUUGGCUCCGGCAACUUGGAUUGUUAAACCAUUGGAUAAAUUCUUAUUUACCGAGACCAUAUCAAUGCUCUGCUCCGCUUUCUUCUUUUCGGCCAAAACCAAACGAGCGUCUGACUCUUAAUUAUCUUUCGAGUGCUUUCCUUCUUUACGGUGUCGGCAUCAGUGUCUCCGUAUUGGCUUUCGUGUUGGAGCUCAUUUUCAGUUGGUGGAAGAGACGAGUAAUUAAGGUUACGCCAUUCAAUAAUCAACGACGACGUUUGCGUGCUGAAUGGAAUUAGGUCAAAUUUCUUAUUUCCUUAUUGAGAAGGGAAGAAACUGUAACACACUUCACUAAUAGUCUGUUUGUACUGAAUCCUUUGCUUAGUCCUAGCUAAAAUAUUUAACUUAGGCUUACUGCCUUAUCUAUUCAUAUUCAUAUGAAUAUAAAGAUCCUUUGGCUAUGGAUUCAUCGAACUUAUAGUCGAAAAAUUUUUUAAUUGAUAAUACCAUGAGAAAAUAAAAUAUGUA